UCCUAACAGAACUUGCCCACGCAGCAUCCGACUCCGAAUGGCAGAGAACGGACUACGAGGACAAGGGGGCGGAGCUCUCCUUCCAAGGAGCCGAAUUGCAGAGGCAACCAUUGAAGAUGGACCAGGAGGGGAGGACGGACGGCGGUGCGACUUCUGCCGCCAAUCUUAUGGUGCCCACGGAACUAACAACACCAGACCUGAUCGAAGCAUACUCUGGCGACAAAGUGGAUACCUUCGACCAGGACAGCCGCAGGGGUGACACCUCUCCCCCAACCAACCCACAAAAGCACCAAACGCACCGAAACCCGGACAAGCACCCGUGCCGCUUCUGUCCUCACUCAUGUCUUUCUGCAGCGGGUAUCGCCAUCCACGAGAGGACUCACACUGGAGAGAGGCCCUUCAGUUGCGAUGUUUGCGAGAAAACGUUCACGGAUAAGUCUAACUUGAAGGCUCACGUUAGAACUCACACCGGAGAGAAGCCGUUCAAGUGCAACACGUGCAGCAGGGCGUUUACUCAGAAAACCAGCUUGGCGAAUCACGAGAGAACUCAUACCGGUGAGAAGCCGUUCAAGUGCAACACGUGCAGCAGGGACUUUGCUCAGAAACACAACUUGGCGGUUCAUGAGAAGAUUCACACCGGAGAGAAGCCGUUCAAGUGCAACACGUGCUGCAGGGCGUUCACUCAGAAAAUCAAUUUGGCGAGUCAUGAGAGGACUCACACGGGAGAGAAGCCGUUCAAGUGCAACACGUGUAGCAGGGCGUUUACUCACAAACGCCACUGGGCGGUUCAUGAGAAGAUUCACACCGGAGAGAAGCCGUUCAAGUGCAACACGUGCAGCAGGGCGUUCACUCAGAAAACCAAUUUGGCGAAUCAUGAAAGGACUCACACCGGAGAGAAGCCGUUCAAGUGCAACACGUGCAGCUGGGCGUUUACUCAGAAAUGCGAUUUGACGAUGCAUGUGAGGGGUCACACCGGAGAGAAGCCGUACAGGUGCAGCAGGGCGUUCACUCAGAAAACUCGCUUGGCGAAUCAUGAGAGGACUCACAUUGGAGAGAAGCCGUUCAAGUGUGAGACCUGCGGUAGAGCGUUCGCGGCUCAUAGCAAUUUACACGCUCAUCGGAAGAUACAUCGCAAGUUAUCGAAACAGCAACGUGCAUCAUAG